GAAAAGCCCAAUCCAUUUUCUCCUAAGAAUCUUCAAAACCCUAAAACAACGAAACUUAUCUGCCACUGCCGUUUCACUCUUUCUCUCACUCAACUUCUUUCGCCGUGAAAACCAAGCUGGUCGGAAAUCGCACGCAGAGACUCACCAUCGUAUGAAAACUGCCGCAAACAGUGAGUCACUCAAUUAACUCCUUUUAUUUUCUCACCAUUUCCUUCCACCUCCUCGAUAUUGCGCAUCACGAUUUGCCGCAUCGAUUUAGGAUAGUUUCAACCAAUCCGUUCCUUAUCGUAUCUUCUACAGAUCUGUUCCGACGGUUUCAAUCCCAGUGUGAGAACAGUUAGCUGCACGAUAAUAUACUCACCGCCGCAAACAUGGCGGAUGUUUUGGUAAUGAAAGAGAUUGAAGACAAAGCGUUAACUCUCGGAAUUGAUUUAUCUACUGUUGAUCUCGAUUCCAUUCACCUUCCACCUGGUGAAGACUAUGGCAUAUUCAGUGAUGAUGAAGAAGUUUAUAAAGAGGAGAAUCUUGAGUUUGAUACAGGUUUUGGAAACAUUAUAGUAGUGGAUAAUACCCCUGUUGUUACCAAAGAGAAAUUCACAAAGCUUGAAGGUGUUAUUAGGAAAAUUUUUAGUCAGAUUGGUGUUAUUAAGGAUGAUGGCUUCUGGAUGCCUGUUGAUCCUGCCACUGAAAAGACCGUUGGUUACUGCUUCAUUGAGUUCAAUACUCCUCAGGAAGCCGAGCUUGCUAAAGAGAGGGGCCAGGGAUACAAAUUGGAUCGUUUGCACAUAUUUACCGUUAGUAUGUUUGAUGAUUUUGACCGUUUUAUGAGAGUGCCAGAUGAGUGGGCUCCUCCUCCAAAAAAGGAUUAUGCUCCAGGGGAAAAUCUUCAACAAUGGCUUACUGAUGCUAAGGCCCGAGACCAGUUUGUGAUUCGUGCUAGUUCAGAUACUGAGGUUUUGUGGAAUGACGCUAGGCAUUUAAAGCCUGAUCCUGUUUAUAAACGUGCUUUUUGGACCGAGAGUUUUGUACAAUGGUCUCCUCUGGGCACAUACUUGGCAACAGUUCACCGUCAGGGUGCAGCAGUCUGGGGAGGUGCUACAACCUUCAAUCGUCUCAUGCGUUAUGCUCAUCCCCAGGUGAAACUAAUUGAUUUUUCACCUGGUGAGAAGUAUUUGGUAACUUAUAGCAGCCAUGAACCAAGCAAUCCCCGGGAUGCUAAUAGGGUUAUAAUAAAUAUAUUUGAUGUGAGAACUGGUAAAGUUAUGAGAGAUUUUAAGGGAAGUGCUGAUGAUUUUGCUAUCGGAGGUACUGGUGGUGUCACCGGAGUGUCUUGGCCAGUUUUCAAAUGGAGUGGUGGAAGAGAAGAUAAGUACUUUGCAAGGAUGGGGAAGAAUGUACUUUAUGUGUAUGAGGCAGAAACAUUUUCUCUCGUGGACAAAAAAUCCUUAAAAGUUGAAAAUAUAAUGGAUUUCAGCUGGUCACCAACUGAUCCAAUCAUUUCACUGUUUGUUCCCGAGACGGGAGGUGGGAACCAGCCUGCCAGGGUAAGUCUUGUUUCAAUCCCAAGCAAAGAAGAACUCAGACAGAAGAACCUUUUUAGCGUCAGUGACUGCAAGAUGUACUGGCAGAGCAAUGGGGAUUACCUUGCUGUUAAUGUGGACCGAUAUACCAAGACAAAGAAAAGUACUUACACUGGCUUUGAGCUUUUCCGUAUUAAGGAACGUGACAUACCCAUUGAAGUUCUAGAGCUUGAGAAUAAGAAUGAUAAGAUCAUUGCAUUUGCGUGGGAGCCAAAGGGACAUAGGUUUGCUGUUAUUCAUGGGGAUAACCCUAAGCCUGAUAUUAGUAUCUAUUCUAUGCGGACUGCUCAGCACACUGGCCGUGUUUCAAAGCUUACUACUCUGAAAGGAAAGCAGGCAAAUGCUUUAUUUUGGUCUCCUGCAGGCCGCUUCAUUGUAUUAGCAGGGUUGAAAGGCUUCAAUGGACUGUUGGAAUUUUACAAUGUUGAUGAGCUUGAAACCAUGGCUACUACUGAUCAUUUUAUGGCAACUGACGUUGAAUGGGAUCCAACUGGAAGGUAUGUUGCAACUGCUGUGACUUCGGUUCAUGAAAUGGAGAAUGGAUUCAAUAUAUGGUCUUUUAAUGGCAAACAUCUUUAUCGGAUAUUGAAGGAUCACUUCUUUCAGUUCUUAUGGAGACCAAGGCCACCAUCCUUCUUGACUCCUGAGAAAGAGGAAGAGAUUGCAAAGAACUUGAAGAAGUAUAGUAAGAAAUAUGAAGCAGAAGAUCAAGAUGUUUCGUUGCUGCUGAGUGAGCAGGAGCGUGAGAAGCGAAGGGUGUUGAAAGAAGAUUGGGACAAGUGGCUCAAUGAGUGGAAGCUGAUGCAUGAAGAAGAGAGGUUGGAUAGGAUAAAUCUGAGGGAUGGGGAAGCUAGUGACGAGGAAGAGGAAUACGAGGCAAAGGACAUUGAAGUUGAGGAGGUAGUGGAUGUUACCAAAGAGAUCCUUCACUUUGAGUAUGGUCAAGAGUGAUGUUAUGAGGUAUGUAACUGAAGUUGGUGGUAUUAAACCAUUUUAUUUAUUUGACCAGGCGUUGUAGCUAGUUGGGCAGUGUCUCUGUGUUCAUCUUUGUAGACCCAAUUUUGUAGUUUUUCCUUUCCUUUCUUUUUUUAGAACGCAAUUUCCUUUUCCCCAUAAAAAUGAACUUGAAAGACAAUUUUUGUACCUUUUUACAGACACAAGUCUGUUAACUCAUACCAUGGCAUCUUAGCACUUUUUAAUGCAUGAACAAAUUUGUUUAA